AUGACACAAGAGGAUAAAGAUCAAGACAUGUUGAUUCUUGACAACUAUCAACAACAACAUAAUAGUAAUAAUAGUAAUAGUACAACAACAAUCAUAAUAGAUAGAUCAUCACUAAACAACAAUAACAACAACAAUGAUUCAAUUGAAGAGGGUGCCAACAAUAACAACAAAGAGAGAAAGAUAAGUCAGUGGAAUACACCAGAGAACUUGAGUGAUGUGUUGUUGCUGUGUAUGAUUGGUAUAUGGACAGCAAUCACUGUACUUAGGUAUAAGAAUAGAGAUAAUGCCCAGCCUUCAGAUGUACCCCUGGGCUUGCUGAUUGCCGCCAGUUCAGUAUCCGGCUUUGUACUGUUGGUCCAUGUGCUGGACAUAUAUGCUGCAUUCCGCGACGCAUUCUGGAGGGGAUUCUGUGGCUUUGGCGGUGGCAAGAGGUUCAAGACACUUCAGUACAAGCCUGGCAUAUGGUGGUGGGCGCCUCUACAACGCUGGAUCUUUGCCAUCUGUGUGUGUGGCGCAUGUUGGUGCGCCCGUCUCCCCGGUGGCUACCCAUGGAUUGGCUUUGGCUGUGUGAUUGUUGUUGGACUACUUGGCGAGCCUGGCAUUGUAAAAUGGGCAUGCGCGUUCGAGGCCAUCCCCAACCGCCCCUCACAUGUCAUGUUGGGCCCAGGCAACAUCCACAAGAAGACCUCGAAGGAGAGCAUCAAGAUGAGAACAUCAAAGAUUGCAUUGGUCUACUUUGAGGACUCAAUGCAUGCGUCUCCAGAUCAUCCCAUGAGACAUUGCAAUGCGAUAUGGGACACUGUUCAAACAAUGGGUUGCAGAGCAUGGACACCUAUGUUGAUACCAAGGACAGCGCUGGAGGCCAAUCAGUUUAGGACAUGGAUCAAUUGGCGUGCCAAUCCAGGUUGUGUUGCAGCCAUUCUUGUUGGACCAACUGUGGACUCACUAUACAAGGAAAGUGCAUUGGAUUGGACUGGAGCACAUCAUCUUACAUUGUUUGGAUAUGGUUCAUUCUUUAGAAAGUUCACUUGUCUUGUUCGUGAGAAUGGCAACAAUUGGACCUCAACUCUGAUCCUUGACGUCAAGAAGGCAAAGCCCAAGAACAAAGAGGAGGUCGUGGAGGUGGUGGAGUGUCCACUCACACAAGGAUACUGUGUGUGGGCGGCAAGAGAUCUCUCAAUGUGUGACAGACUGCUCACACUUCAGUCAACAUGUGAGAAUGGACAGGAGAGCUUUCCAGUCGAUGGACAUCUGGUUGAGGAGGCUUGUCACUUUGCAGCGAUCAACUCUGACCUCAGUUAUCUACUUGUGAUUGGAUCGUCAUCAGCUGAUGGCGUGAGGAAUGGCAGCACACUCAGAUUGAUGAAGGAACCACUGAAUGCGAGUAUAGUGCGAACACUCUGGGACUUUAGACCAAGCAGCAAGUGUUGGUCAAAUGAUAGAACAAAGCCAUCAUGUGUAGUCCUCGACAGACAAUUGAGUGCUCCACCAGUGUUUACACAUCGAUCAAUCAUUGUUGACCUUCAAGGCAACAGCAAUGUUGGAAGUGCAUCUUCAUCAUCCAUGCCAUCGAGUGAUAUCAAAUGGUUCUCAACAACAAUGCAUUAUAAGGGGGAGGAUGGACAAGCAAUGAGACUACACCUGGGACUUCAACCACAAUCGACUCAUACCAAGGGCCAGAAACUUUACAAAGUGCGAUCCAUAUGCUACACAGAGGCCCAUCCAGCCUUUUAUAAGAUGUCAUUAAUACCUAAAGCCAAUGAAGUUCUAAUAUUAUAA